GAAACAAAAGCUCAUACCCAACAUGUCUGGACGAGGCAAAACCGGCGGCAAGGCUAGAGCAAAGGCCAAGACCAGGUCUUCCCGUGCUGGGUUGCAGUUCCCCGUGGGUCGUGUCCACAGGCUGCUGCGUAAGGGUAACUAUGGCGAGCGUAUCGGUGCCGGCGCCCCCGUCUACUUGGCGGCUGUGCUGGAGUACCUGACAGCUGAGAUCCUGGAGUUGGCUGGAAACGCAGCCCGUGACAACAAGAAGACCAGGAUCAUCCCCCGCCAUCUGCAGUUGGCUGUCCGCAACGACGAGGAGUUGAACAAACUCCUCGGUGGCGUCACCAUCGCUCAGGGUGGUGUCCUGCCCAACAUUCAGGCUGUUCUUCUGCCCAAGAAGACCGAGAAGCCCGCCAAAAAAUAAGAUGAAUUCCUGAUACUCCAACCACCACAACGGCUCUUUUAAGAGCCACCCAUAUCUCACUUUAGACAUAUUCCUUUCAACAACUCAUUGCUAACAUUUACACUUUGUGUUAAGACCAUAUUCAGCACGGACACUCCUAAUAGAACAACUUAAGUGAGCUAUAUAAUAUUUUCACUGAAUGUAUGAUAUUUAUAUAAUGUAUGAUAUAAUAUAUAUUAUUCCAUUUUAGUUGAACGUAUUUCUUCAAACACAUGCCUCAUGAUAUAUCACAAUGACAGUGUCUGAUCUUAAAAUAGAGGAGGUGGGAGCCAGCUACUGUGUCCCUCAAGUGCUAAUGUGAUUAGAAUGUUGUUUUGUAUGCUACUUACUAAAUGAAAAGGACAAUAUGAUUUUAAGUAAGACAAGUUAAACACUUGAUAACGCACAAUGAACAUGCUAUCAUAGCAUAUAUUAGCAUUUCCUGG